GGGACAGAGCGUUGUUAUUUUGCGCACGCGUUAGUCAUGCAAUAAUAAAAUUCUUGGGCGUCAAGACAAUUUUAGAAAAAAAGAAGGCACGCACCAGUAAUGAAUGGAACUUCUCUGGCUUUCUCAACAUAUAAAGCCCCCAUCCCUCCACACGACUCCUCAGUCCUAACACCGUAUCUUCUUCAUUCGUCUUUCUCUUUCUCUUUGUUUGUUUUAUCAAAUGGGUUCUGAUUUUGAUUCUUCUCUGUGGUUGCAGUCUCUCUGCACCACUUUCUGCUUCAUUUUCUUCACUUUCACCACAUCAUUCUCCUUGUUUUCUUUCUUGCUCUAUCUAUUCCUGAAGCUGAAGCCCUGGUGUCAGUGUGACACUUGCAGGAGUUUUCUCACCACCAGUUGGUCGAAGGAUUUUGCUAAUCUCUGUGAUUGGUACACUUAUCUUCUUGAAAAAUCGCCAACUGGGACUAUUCACCUCCAUGCCCUUGGAAAUAUCAUCACUGCAAACCCUGAAAACGUUGAGCACAUCCUCAAAACCAGGUUCGAUAACUACCCUAAAGGGAAACCUUUCUCAGUUAUCUUAGGUGAUCUUCUCGGUCGAGGUAUCUUCAACGUUGAUGGCGAUUCCUGGAAGCUUCAGAGAAAAAUGGCGAGUUUUGAGCUCGGUGGUGUCUCAAUAAGACACUACGCUUUAGAUCUUGUGAUGUCUGAGAUUCAAUCCAAACUAAUUCCUCUCUUAUCAUCCGUUUCGGAUAAAGAAAAAGUGUUGGAUCUGCAAGACGUGUUCCGUCGAUUUUCAUUCGAUAAUAUUUGCAGAUUCUCCUUCGGUUUAGACCCCGAAUGUCUCCAGCUGAGUAUGCCUUCCUCAGAAUUUGCAGAGGCCUUCGAUCUUGCGUCGAAGAUAUCUGCAGAGAGGGGAUUGGCUUCAUCGCCCUUUAUAUGGAAGAUGAAGCGGCUGUUAAAUAUAGGCACAGAGAGGAAGCUUAAAGAAGCUUUAAAAUUGGUGAAUGAACUAUCAGAGAAGAUGAUAAAUGAACGCCGCAAAUUAGGGCUCUCCAACAAGAAUGACCUUUUAUCAAGAUUCAUGGGCUCCAUCCACGACGAGAAAUUUCUCCGAGACAUUGUCGUCAGCUUCCUUUUGGCUGGCCGUGACACGGUGGCCUCAGGCUUAACCAGCUUCUUCUUCUUGCUAUCUCAACACCCGGAAGUCGAAGCAGAUAUCCGGAGCGAAUCAGACCGAGUCAUUGACCCGAAACAAGAUUCCAUCAGUUACGAAAAAAUCCAAAAUAUGCAUUACUUAAACGCAGCUGUACACGAGAGUCUGCGUCUGUUUCCACCGGUGCAGUUUGAUUCAAAGUUUGCACAAGACGACGACGUAUUGCCGGAUGGUACAUUUGUGAGAAAAGGCAGUAGGGUUACAUAUCAUCCCUAUGCCAUGGGUCGUAUGGAGCGGAUUUGGGGUGCAAAUUGUCUGGAGUUCAAGCCGGAGAGAUGGUUGAAAAACGGUAAAUUUGUACCUGAAAAUCCAUAUAAAUACCCGGUUUUUCAAGCUGGGCAUAGGGUUUGUUUAGGAAAGGAAAUGGCGCUGGUGGAGAUGAGGAGUGUGGUUAUUGCCGUGGUGAGAAGGUUUAAAGUCCGGGUUGUGGAACCUAACCAGGCACCACUGUUCGCCCCUGGUUUGACUGCCACUGUGAAAGGGGGAUUGCCGGUAAUGGUUGAACAAAGAAGAGACUGAGGGGCUGACCUUAAUUAAUCAGUGUAAUAUUACUGGUGCCUGUACAAAUUGAAUGAUCUCGAAAUGGGAUUUUGACAUGAGAGAAAAAAACAAACUCAUAUCAUUCAAUCCCAAGAAGACUUUACGUAUAUUCGCAUGUCCUUGGUCACUGAAGAAUUAUUAUAUAGUUUUCAUGAAUGCAUUUGUAAUGAGAAGAAAUGGCAAUGGAGUUCUUCCCCUUUGAUCAA